CCGCCAGGCCCUGGUGCUGGCCCCCACUCGGGAGCUUGCCCAGCAGAUCCAGCAGGUGGCGGCCAGACUUUGGCAAGGCCUCCCGGAUCCGCAACACGUGCGUCUUUGGCGGAGCACCCAAGGGAUCGCAGUUGAGGGACCUGGAGAGAGGAGUGGAGAUCUGCAUUGCCACGCCGGGACGGCUCAUAGACUUCCUGGAGGCCGGGAAAGUGAACCUGCGCCGCUGCACCUACCUGGUGCUGGACGAGGCCGACCGGAUGCUGGACAUGGGCUUCGAGCCUCAGAUCCGCAAGAUUGUCGAGCAGAUCCGGCCGGACUGCCAGACCCUGAUGUGGAGCGCCACGUGGCCCAAGGAGGUGCGCUCCCUGGCGGAGGACUUCCUCAAGGACUACAUCCAGGUGAACAUUGGGGCCCUGCAGCUGUGCGCCAACCACCGCAUCGUACAGAUCGUGGAUGUCUGUCAGGAGUCGGACAAAGAGAACAAGCUGAUGGAACUGCACAAGGAAAUCAUCAAUGAACAAGACAACAAGACGCUGAUCUUCGCGGAAACCAAGAAAAAAGUCGACGAGCUGACACGCAGGAUGAGGCGCAACGGGUGGCCCUCCAUUUGCAUUCAUGGCGACAAGUCGCAGUCUGAGAGGGACUGGGUGUUGAACGAGUUCCGGUCUGGACGGUCCCCCAUCCUCGUGGCGACGGACGUCGCCGCCCGUGGUUUGGACGUGGACGACAUCCGGUUCGUGAUCAACUACGACUACCCGCACUGCUCGGAGGACUACAUUCACCGGAUUGGGCGGACGGCCCGGUCGAACAAGACUGGCACGGCGUACACCUUCUUCACACCGGGCAAUAUGAAGCAAGCCAAGGAGCUGAUCGCAGUCCUGAAGGAGGCCAACCAGGCCAUCAACCCCAAGCUGUUCGAGAUUGCCAACAUGGCUCGCAACAACUCCUACGGCGGAGGAAGGAACAUCCGACGCUUCCGUGUGCCCGGACAGCCGCUGGGUGGCUCCCAAGGAGACGGCGGCGACAAGUCGCGGGGCUACGGGGGCAACAGAGGCUACGGAGGCAGCCCCAACGGAGGGGGCAUGCAGCCGCAGCGCAACGGCGGAGGAGGCGGGUACCGCGGGAACAGCGGCGGCGGAGCCGGAGGUCAGCAGAACGGCUAUGGGAGGCCCCAGCAGAACGGCUUCGGGAGACCGCAGAUGCAGGGAACCGGACCGCCCAGCUACCAACGCAGCCCCGCCCCGCAGAACGGCUACGGAGGCCCCAAGCCCCCUCAGAACGGCAUGGGCGGUGCACAGAUGGGCGGCGCCCUCGGCACCAUGGGCGGAGCCAUGGCUGCCAACGGCGGAGGUUACAAGCCGCCGCAGAGGCCCUCCCCUCCGGCCAGCUCGGCCAUGCACCACGCGCCGCAGUACGCGGCGGCGGGCGGCUACCGCGCCAGCCCCGGCGCGCCGGGCGGCGUGGCAGCGGGCUGCUACAUGGCGCCGCAGCCGCACCACGGGGGCACGACCAUGUACGCAGCGGCCGGCGGGUACGGGCAGUACCCACAGAGCGCGGCGGCCUACGUGCCGCCCAGCCUGUACUACCAGGUGCCGGCUUAAUGACAACGGGGGGCUAGGCUGCGGCGCGCGGGAGGGGGGGAGGGGGUGGGGCGUCGUCGUCGUCGUCUUGUGUAGCGUGGUGGAGAAUCUCUCUUAGGCUUCUGUAGUAAGGAAAUUGUCUUUGGGGCAACGCAGGAGCCCUCUUCUCUCUUCUUUUUUUUUUUUUUCUUCAUUAAUUUUUGUAAUUUAAUAUUUUUUGGGGCCGGGCACGGAAGUAGCGGGUUGGUCGGUCGCGCGACGGGCUUGCCCCGACGUCGGGCGCGACUCUGUCCAUCGUUCAAGCUGGAGGGGGAGAAACUGUCUUGGCCGGCCGGUGGCGUCUGAUUCUCCGGAAGUUGUCCCUGAAUGUUGCCGGUACGUUGUUUGGACGUCGAGGACGGUGGCCUUGUCUGGAGAAGGCGUCGGCGCCUGCGGGACCACUGUCGCACGACUCGGAGGCUGUCUGCACUCGUCGAAACUUUGUCGUUUCGGUCAUCGCGAAUUUGCUGGCGAAAACCAUCAUCAUACCACAGGUGCACAUUGCUUUGGGGGGGGGGGGGGGGGGGGGGGGGGGGGGCAUCGUCUGAACUGUGGCGGCGUCUCCACUAAUCUCGGGGAACCGAACCGCCACGCUGUUUGUACGUUGGAAACUGUGGAAACCUUUGUCCGAAUGCUUGGGACUGCCGGAACCAUCGUCGUUUGACUGCGUGGGGGCCGUUGAACGUUCCCGACGUUUGAAAAAUGUGCUCACCGACCUCGGGGUCGUUCGAAACGUUGGGUACGUUCUCCACGUUUUGUAAGUAUGCUCGCCGACCUCGGUCGGAGGCCUCGUCACAUGGGGCGCUUCCCGAACGUCUCGGGGAGUUUUCUAGCCCGUCGGAAACGCUCCAAACGUUCGACGUCGUCUCUCGGAGUUGCCUUAGGUCGUGCGGGACGCCGUCUGCCCGUCGGCGCCCUGUCGAGCUUUUACUCAACGUUCCAACCGGGUCUCCUUGUCAUCCCCCGAGCCUUCGAAGCGGGGGUCUCGGUACGCACGAGAACCGAAGGUUUUGGGCUCUCUUGCGGCGCUCAUCAAAGUGUUGUCGACUGUUGUUUUUUUUCGAGUUGGCCUCCGUAUAGAAACUUUCACGCCGCGAGCUCUCGGGCCAACCCUUUGGGCAACGAUCUCUCGUGCAGCCGGCGGCCCUAGGUCUGGGUCGGGCUCCUAGGCUGCCGGUCUUUUGAACGGGUGGGAGAGAUAUCUAUGGAAGUGGCGCUGGCCGGAGCGGGCCACCUUUACACUGGCCGCCCGGCGUUUUCAUACCGCAGAGUCAAGAGUGCGUCGUUCGACGGCGGCGCAUCGGCGCCCCCUUCUUUCUUUUUCUUUUUCAAGGGGAUGCACUUGCGGCACGAUACCGGUUCCUUGUGGCUGCGUCCGUUUGGGUGCGGUCCAACGCGUUGUGAAUAUACCGGGAUUGGGAACAGUAUCGCGAUGUCCUCGCGGACUCUCAGCCACUUAGACUCUCGGCAUUUCCUGGUGAAUUAAAGAGGAAGGAUACAAAUCGCGAGUCUGGGUACGGUGUGAUGCCUUAGGGGUGCGUCCCGCCGGAGAGAUUUCCUGUGUUUUGCGUUGUUUGUCCGUCAGGGGGGAUCUAUGGUCCUUCUUUUACACCUUGCAUUUCGACAUCGGCCAGUGCGUUUGCCACGCGAGUUUCGUAUUCCCGUCAAUCUCAUUCUUUCUUUUUCUUUCAUUUCUUUUUUUCGGUCUGUCUGGGAGAGAGCAUUCCUGCCUGUAAUUUAUACCGCAAGCACUCGUCUUUAUCGUUAGUUCCUCGAGGGUUUUUUUCCGUCGAGCUUGGCCGGGCAUUUCCGCAGGCAAGACGAAGAGAAAAAAAAUACCAAGUACCAUCCACGUAAUCUUUCAAUACCAGUCUUUUUAUGGCACUGGGCAAGCAAGCAAACAAAUGAAAAAAGGAGAAAAAAAAAUGUACUGCAUACAAAACUACAAAAAAAAAAAUCUCCGCUUCAAUGUUGUGUGUAUAUGGGAGUUUCUUUUAUUGAUCUUUUCUUUUUUUUUCCAGAACUGUGUGGUCGUGUAGCACUCUUUCUGCCAAAUCAUUCUUCGGUUUUUUGUUGUUUUUUUUCUUCUAGAGGUUGUCGCUUUUGUUUGUUGGCAGACUGUUCUUUCUUGGGUUUGUGUGUGUGUGUUCCUGUAAUUUAAGUGUGUUCCUAAAUGAUGCCUCAGGCUCGAGGGAAGGGGGUAGAAAAUACCAUGAUGACCAGUACCAGUUAACGACCAGUACCAGUUAACUACCAGUACCAGUGAUGAGGAGACCUGGUGGGGAGUUCUUGUACAUAACCGUGUACAUAAAGUGAAGUGUACCAAAGCUGCCACCAGGCAUUUCCUCACCUCGAGUGAGAGUUCAAUCCUGUUUUGUUCUGUUCUUUCGCUUCCCCCCAUUGUGUAAGUACUGAGGCUCAUAUUUUGUCAUGUUUAGAGAAGUUGUGGAAUAAAGUUCUUGUGUAGCAA